CGAUGAUGUAUGAGGGAUAACAACAGAGAUAGUGUGGGAGGGAUCUAACUUUUCUCGAUGUCCUAUUUAUAAAAGCUAUGUGAACUGUAGCGUAUAUGACAUUUGAAAUCACUAUCUUCUGUCUUCAUAUUCGUACCGUUAGUAUUUUGUGGUCCUGGCUCUCAUAAAACAUAUGUAAUCUGGCGCAGAAACGAAGAGCUCGCUCUCGUAGGAUUUUUGAAUGGCAGUGAAUAGAAUGCGAGAUGAUCCAGAAGAAAUUUUCACGAAACAAGAAGAAAUAGGGAAAGGUUCUUUUGGUAAAGUUUACAAGGGAAUCAACAAGAAAACAACAGAUGUUGUUGCAAUUAAAAUCAUUGAUUUAGAGGAAGCUGAGGAUGAAAUUGAAGAUAUACAACAAGAGAUUACAAUCCUAUCACAAUGUGAUUCACCUUAUGUCACUAAGUACCAUGGCUCAUACUUGAAGGGUACGAAUUUGUGGAUAAUAAUGGAAUAUCUUGGUGGUGGUUCAGCUUUAGAUUUGUUAAAAGCUGGAUCAUUUGAUGAAAUGGCAAUUUCAACUAUAUUAAGAGAAAUACUCAAAGGUUUAGAAUAUCUUCAUUCAGAAAAGAAAAUUCACAGAGAUAUUAAAGCUGCGAAUAUUCUACUGUCAGAUCAUGGUGAUGUAAAACUUGCUGAUUUUGGAGUUGCUGGUCAGCUCACAAAUACUAUGGUUAAAAGGAAUACAUUUGUUGGUACCCCUUUUUGGAUGGCACCGGAAGUUAUAAAACAAUCUGCUUAUGACUCAAAGGCAGACGUGUGGUCUUUAGGAAUUACUGCCAUCGAAUUGGCCAAAGGAGAGCCACCGAAUGCUGAUCUACAUCCCAUGAGAGUUCUCUUUUUAAUUCCGAAAAAUAAUCCACCCCAGUUGGAUUCCCAGUUUUCUAAAAAUUUCCGUGAGUUUGUGGGAACCUGUUUACAUCAUGAUCCAACAUACAGACCGGCUGCCCGAGACCUUUUAAAACAUAAGUUCAUCAGAAUGGCAAAAAAGCCGUCGUACUUAAUAGAAUAUAUUGACCGAUACAAGAGGUGGAAAGAAACACAUCGAGACGAAGAUGAGAAUGGCGAUAGUUCAGGCGAUGAAAAUUCAACAAAAAAUCCUACGAUCAAAACGUGGAUAUUUGGAAACGAAAAUGAUACGUCGUCAAAUGACACGCCUAACGGAAUAACCCCCGAACCAAGAAUGAUACCAACGUCAAAAAAACUUCCUACGACAGUUAUUCCGGCUUUGGAAGAGUUGAAAUUGAAAUACAGUUCGGACGUUAUCGAAAAUAUUCAAGACGUCUUUUUAGAUGCAGACAAAAGCUCGCCCGAAAUUGUUGACAAAAUCUUAACGCAACUUAUUCACAAGGUUAACAGCGUAUCGUCUUGACGUGAAGUUGUCAACUCAACCGUAAUGUAUAUAAUCAAUCACCAGACACGCUGGUGAACUAAUUUAACUGACAAUAAUGUAAAGAUGCCUCAAGUAUGAAGCAUUAUAGUAUGAUACCAAGCACAUACGUACACUACAAUUCCAUUAUGGAAGUAUUCCACAACUGAAAUAGGCUAAUUCGCUAAAAAAUUUGGAUUUGUAGAGAUCGUAAUUUUAACUGAAGUUGGCAACAGGGAUUACAGACAUUUUACCAAAAGUUCCCUCCUUUAAAAAGGAGUGGCGUUUACAGAAUUUGCGGCUCCUACCCCGGAAGAAAGUGUGAUUUGACGGACUGAAUAAUUGCAUUUUCACUACAUCCAGUCAAUUUCCUUAACCUGGCAUUUAAAUAUAGUUUAGCAUAAUUUUUUUCCAUAAUUGAAAUUAUUCUUUGGACAAGUCCAACGUAGGGAAUAAUUUCCUCUCCAGAUCAUCCCAGAUUCUUCUCCGCUUUUUUCGGCUUCCAGUAUUAGAAUGAUGCGAGACAAUUGUUCCUUUUUUAGUGUAUCAUAAGUCUCCUGAGAACGUAAAUCCAUAAAGUUGCUUAAAAUUUUGUUCAUUAUACCUAAACGUUGGUUAUUUAACAAAGUUGUUUUUCAGUUUAUACACUAUUAAGAACAGUACUAGUAAAACUGGUUUUGUAUAUCGAGUUAAAAUUUAGUUAAACAUCUAGAGUCUUGCACCACGUUUUAUCAAACUACAAUACGUACAUUUACAAAGCAUGUCUCCUGAUAUAUGUCUGGAAAUACAAGUUUGGCAGGUAUCUUUUCGACCAUAAUUACAACAUAUAGAUACAACAUUAUCUAUUAAAUCAACUAGUAGGAAUUUCGUUUUAAACUAAUCGGCAAUUUGUUUACAUUUUUCAGGCAAAGCCAUCGAAAAGCAGCAAUCAGA